UCCUUGCACCGGCCCCCAUAGUGCCUUCUGGAGCGUCCCCUGGAUCACCCCCUGCAGCGCCCCCCACAGCGCUCCCCACAGCGCACCCUGCAACCAUGGAGAGCACCCCAAGGAGGUGGGUGCUGAAGCCCCUGUCCCCCCUGCUUCAACCCUCAGACCUGCGAACCAUUGCUGGCCCUGUCCAAGGUGACGCCCCCGACCUGGCCGAUUCAGUGUUCAGCGCAGACAACAUUUCCAUCACUUGCAGCCACUCAUCGGUGGUUGUCUCCACCCAGCAGGGUGACAGGUCCCAGGAUGUGGUGGUUCAGGCACGGCAGGUUGUGGUGUCGCAGGACAGAGGGAGCAUCAGCAAUGAGUGGCAUCCCAGCAGCCCAAGCAACCCCAGCAGUCCCAGCAGCAGCUCAGGCUCUCACUGUGGCUUCUACUCCUUCGUGGAGGAUCCGGCGAGUCCUGAGGCUGAGCUGAAUGAGGCCUGGAUGGUCUCACCACAGCGGCAGGCUCAGCUGGCCACCCUGAAGGAGGAGAACGGAUUCAAACUACAGACCUACACCAGCAGCAGGAAGCCAGAGAGUCUGUUCUCAGAGAGCAAGGAAGAAUCACAGUACAAAACAGAUCCAAAGAAUGGCAUCAAAGUGGUUGGGGAGGAAGAGGAGAAGCAGCUCCGCAACGAGAUAAUUCGCAGCCAAGCACCAAAGAAGAACCCAACGUUCAAAGAUCAGCUGAGUGCACUGGAGAAUCUGGAUCUGAGCAGAUCUACAAACAAACUAAUAGAAGGUUUUAGUGUGAGCUAUAGUCCUAUCAGCUCCAGACCAGAACCUCCUCGCCCUGCUGAACCUGGGACCAUUGACAAGGAGCAGAUCAACUUCAGUGCUGCCCGACAACAGUUCCUAAAGAUGGAGCAGGGCCAGUUGAAGGCAGUUCUAGACCCUCUGAGGUCCUCAAAAACACACCUGAACUCAUCUCUGCAGCAAGAUCCUGAUGUGUCCUCAAGGCAAGUGGAGACAUUUGACAGUGUGCAGGUAAGUGAAGAUACAACUCAGUCUAAACCAUCAGAAGAAGGUGACACCUACCCAGAGAGGAAGGUGACGAUGUGCCGGACUGAGGAGAGUCUGAGCAAACAGAGCAGUGUGUUUGUUGAACUGGACUCUGGCUUGGAUGACCUGUUGGUGGAGAUGGGCAGUGGCUACACCAGUGACAAAGGCCUGUUCAAUGACAAUAGUCAACAAGAGAACAGGAGCUGCAAGGCCACGAGUGAGUAUGAAACACCGAUUGAAAAGGAGAUCCGGUUAGUUCAGGAACGCGAGGAGAAUCUGCGACGUUCUCGAGGCCUGAAACACAGCGACAGCAGGUUGGAGAUGGUUGAGAUCAAAAUCAAACGUUUACAGGGACCACUAAUGCCCGUGAAAGCCAAAGAAAAGACCCGUGUGAGCUUUCUCAUCCAGCAAGAGAUCCAGAAUGAGAACCAUAGGAAGCAGAUAUCUCAGCAGCAGAGUGGGAUCUUGGGACGAUACAGUGGAGAUCCUCCACAGCAGCUGGAGGACAUAAAGAGCAAGUUUGACCAACAAGACGAGGACAGGAGGACAGAGGAAAGACCUCAGUCUGAGUCUGGAGAGACAUACAUCCUCCCAUCUCCCUGCUUUCUUCAUCGACACCCUGGAGAAACUGAGUUGUCCAUCAAUCAAAUGAGUUCAGCUCCCUCUUCAUUCAUUGUAAGGGACUCAGAGCCCCAGGAAUCAAGAUGCUUCCAACGGGAUCAAAUGACUUCUUCAUCCUCCCUCUCCUCCUCCUCUCCCUCCUCCCCAACACCGACAUCACACCAUGAAAUGACCUCAACCAUGCCUCGGUCCUGGAGGGAAAACCUUGUGUCCACCGGCCUGCAAUCCAGAGGACAAGGAGCCCCAGAUUUCAUUGAGAAGGAGAUUGAGGAGGCCCUGAGACGGGAGCAGGAGCUGAGGGAGUCCAGGGAAAAAACCAAUCGGCAGCUUUUAUAUCCAGCUCCCCUGGUAGAACAGGCAGCCAAGAUGGCUGUCAGUCAGUUCUACCCACCUGCAAAAACAGAUAAACCCGUCAGUCUGUCCUCUUCCUCCCCUCGUCCCUCCGUCCGUCUACCCUCCAUCUCCUUCAUCACCGCUCAGCCCUGGACCUCCUCCCCCCCUCCUCCCUCCUCCUUCUCCUCCUCCCCCACGGUGGUCCAGUCGGCCCUCCCUCCUUUCAGAGGUCUUACAGAGACACUGCUGCAGGACUUUGAGGACAGACGAGUCAAGCUGAGGCUGGAGGAGAGCUCAUAUGCAGGAAUCCAGCCGGUUGAUGACGUGAACAACGAGGUCGUUGAGUCGACUCGAGUCAUUCGACAUAAAAACCAGCGAGCUCUGCGAUGGGAGGCCGGAGUCUUCGCCAACCAGGACAACCAGUAAGACCAGCAGGACUAGAUUAAGGACCAGAUCCUGCAGGAGGACUUUAAAAUGGUUUUAAACUGGAGCACUCCAAAAGAAAAGGCUGCUCCUGAUUGGUUCUUUAAGAUGACACCUACUCUCCUCGUCCAAUCAGUUGCCAGCUGCUGAGAGCCUCAAACAGAUACAAACUGUCUGAUUAGUUUAGAAAAGAGAUGAAAUCUGCAGAAAUAAAGAGAAUAGUGAGUUUGUUGAUCUGAUGGAAGUUUCUGAUUUUUUCAUCAUUUUAACCUGAUUUGAACCUAACCUCGUCAAAAAGUUACACAAAUAAUAAAACGUAUUAUUCUGUUUUACUGUCUGUUCAGACAUCAUAAUAACCCACAGAGUACUGCACCCCAGGAAAAAUGAAAAGACAGGAAACAAAGUCAUAAAGUGAGUGUUAGUUGUGAAAUUAAAGACGGGAACAUUUAAAUAGCUGCUGAAAGAAGAGAAUGGAUUAUUGGUUAAAAAACUACUUUACAAUACCUGAGAAAAAAUAUAUCUAAAUUAAUCAAAUUUGUAUUGUUUAAAAAUAAUCCAAAAACCCAGAUACAGCUGUUGCAGUGGUAGACGACACCAAGAAACGAACGUAUUUCAGCAUAUACCAAAAAAAUUAGUUCAAAACCAGACUGAUGUUAGAAUCAGUUAAAUUAUUUUUUUCCCUCAUCCAUCUACACUCAAUGCCCCAUAAUGAGAAAGUGAAAACAGAAUUUUAGAGUUUUUUGCAAAUUUAUUAAAAAGGAAAAACUGAAAUAUGACAUUGACAUAAGUAUUCAGACCCUUUGCUACGACACUUGACAUUUAGCUCAGCUGCCUCCCAUUUCUCUUGAUCAUCUCUGAGAUGUUUCCACACCUUGAUUGGAGUCCACCUUUGGUAAAUUCAAUUGAUUGGGCAUGAUUUGGAGAGGCACACACCUGUCUAAAUAGGGUUUCACAGCUGACAGUGCAUAUCACACCAAUAACCAAACCAUGCAGUUGAAGGAACUGCCUGCAGAGCUCAGAGACAGGAUCGUGUCAAGGUACAGUGACAGGGACAGGCAGAAUUGUCAGGGUUGAGAAAAUCCCCAAAUCCUGGUGUCCAAAGCUUGUAACGUCAGACCCAAGAAGACUGGAGGCUGUAGCCGGUGCCAGAGGUGCUUCAGUACUGAGUAAAGAGUCUGAAUGUGAUAUUUCAGUUCUUUCUUUUUAAUAAACUUGCAAAAAAUUCUAAAAUUCUGUUUUCUC